UUCGCGGCGCAUGGAUUUGGCUUCACACCGCCACUCGGUCCGAUGGGCCAAAGGUCUUUUAUUUGACCUACUCGCACGCUGUGCACAAAAGCGCCCCAAUCGUUACAUAAAGUUACCCCAGUCACUUUGGCCUUCAAAACCUAACAGUCGGCGCCCGUGACCAAGAUGGCCCGGAGUUUGUCACGUCCAGAACUGAGACAGCUGGUGGAUUCACUGGUGCUAGACUGUGGUAACAUGGCGUCUCAUUCCAAAGCAAUGUUGUACUGCACCGCUCUGCAUUACCUGGAUGGUAAAAUCCCUUUGGACAUGACCUUUGAAGUGGACAGGUGGCCAGACUACACCGCCGUCCUGUGGACUCAAAAGGAUGAUGAAGUCUCUGUGCUAUCAUUUGAAAAGGAUUGUGUUAAUGUAUCUUUGUACUGGACCAAUGAGGAUGGCCUAAGACAGUUGUUGACAUUAACAUCUGUAGACUGGACUAGGCCACUUUUGUUCAUGGCAAUUCCCCUCAGUGGUUUGUCUGUACUGAAAGAACACCUGGAGUUACAGGGUGUUCCAUGCCCUCCUGAAGAGGAUAUUUACCUCAGUGACACUGUCUACUACCUGCAUGAAACAUGUCCCAGUAUGGACAAAGUGAACGGGACUGACGACAAGAUGACCAUAGCACCACUCAAACCUGAGCACAGCCAGCUUGUCAGCAGGACCUGGCUACAUGGGAACACUCCUGAAGCUGAGAGACAUAUUCACUAUCAGAUCAGCACCUUCCCCUCAGCCUGUGUGUAUGAUCAAGAGGGAAACCCUGUGUCCUGGAUCCUGUUCAACUAUUAUGGUUCACAAGGGGUUGGAUACACAAUACCUGAUCACAGAGGGAAGGGCUACUUUCAGCUGGCUUCAAAGUACAUGAUUAACACCUGCCUUCAAAAGGGAUUUGUGCCAUUCCUCUUUAUUGAAGACUACAAUGAGCAGUCAAGGGCCGUUCACAAGAAACUGGGGUACUCUUGGGUGGAGGCAGGGAGGUGUGCAUAUAUCUUUCUCAACAGAAACAAGUCAUCUUAGUGCACUUGUUAGAUGGAGACCUUAAUCAUUUUGAAGACAUUGGUAGAAUAUUAUUAUUACACUGUUACAAUGUCUUAUGAUACAGUAUUAUAAUACCUAUUACAGAAGGGUGCUAAAUGUAAUUCCCCUAUUAACCCUACUCCUUCAGUAAGUUGAUCAAGUACAAGGUUGUUUUAAACAUUCAUCAGUGUCAGGCUCACACAAAUAGCAACAACUGUGAUUGACACAUUUGACAAAUGUCUUACAUUUUGUACCUUGCAACAAUUCCUGAUAUCUCUGACUCUUUCACUUAUCUCGGUCAUGUAAUCGCAUUUAAUCGACGUACUGAGCGGUGAGUUACCACUUACAAUAUUGGAUGGUUAUAUACUUUCCCCCCAGCCUGUGUGUAUUACCAGGAUGGAAACCCUGUAUCAUGGAUCCUGUUCAAAUAUUAUGGUUCACAAGAGGUUGGCCACACACUGCUGGAGCACAGGGGGAAGGGCUACUUUCAGCUGGCCUCCAAGUUCCUGAUCAGCGCCUGUCUUCAGAAGGGAUACCUGCCUUUUCUCUUCAUUGAGGAUGACAACGAGCAUUCAAGGAACAUGCAUAAGAAACUGGGGUACUCUUGGGUGGAGGCAGGGUGUGUGCAUAUGUCUGAACAGAAACAAGUCAGUUGUGUCAUAGCCCACUUGUUGCAACCUUGCAUUUGAAGACCGUAGAAUAUCAAGCACUUUUCCCCAUUUGUCCUACUCUUUUGUGUGUCAGGUGCACACUGUUGAUAUACAUACAUCAGAUUAAAUAUUGAUUCACCAGG